GAACUUGAGAAACUUACAGAUGCAAGGAUACUGUAUCACGCCUUCAUUAGUUUCAUUAGUUUUUUAUUAGAUUACUUUUUUUUAACAAUGACAGUAACAACAUUGUUCGCUUUCGUGACUGUUGCAUCGUUGAUCGAAAAACGUCCCAUCAUCAACCAGACUCAGCUGAUUGAAGCACCAGAAGGAUCUAAUUUGACUCUACAGUGUCAAACUGAUCCAGAGAUCAAUCUAACCAACUACACCUUGGACUGGAGGAGAGUGGACAUCCCACAUGUCUCAGACCGUGUGGUCUACUCCCGUCGACGUGGGACAGAUCAUCCUGUGGAACAGAUGCAGCGAUACAAGAACAGAGCAGAGCUGAUUAAAGAGGACCUGACCAGAGGACGGAUGACUCUACUGAUCCCCACAGUCCAGCAGUCUGACUCAGGACACUUCAAAUGCUUGAUCCCAAACCUGAGCGUCAGCUUUGUUUUCAACAUUAACGUGACAAAGAGAGAGGAUGUCGCCGUGACGACGUCUCCAGGAUACAGAGUCAUGAACCCCACUGUGUCUGGUCCUGUAGAGAAGAGAAACCACUGGAUCAUUCUUGGUGUCUGUAUUUGUUUCCUCCUUGUUCUUGGUUUCAUCAUUGGAGUCCUGGUGAAGAACAGAGAGAUUAGUGAGUUACAGACUUUUACAUUUUAACUGGACAUUGUGAUGAACAUGUGCUUUAUUUUAUAUCUAAUAGUCAGACUUGACUGUGUUUAGCAGCUAAAGCUACUUGAGGCUUUACAUUUGAAGUUCAGGGGCCACAUUCAGAACAAGUUGAUCUCAAGGGGCUCAGAUCAAUAAGAGAAAAAUAACACCAACAACCACAGACUCUUCCUACAAUAAAAGGUAG